GCGCGGCGCCGGGUGGGGGGCGGGACUCCCAUCGGCCCCCGCGCGGCCACCGGCCCCCCGCGAUCAAGAUGGCGGCGCGGGCGGGGGCCUGAGGGGCCGAGGGGUCGCCAUGACCUACACGGCCGAGCAGCUGGAUGGCGUGCGGCGGAUCGAGCGGUGUCGGAACUACUACGAGGUGUUGGGCGUGGGCAGGGACGCCGGCGAAGAGGAGCUGAAGAGAGCCUACCGUAGGCUGGCCCUCCGCUUCCACCCGGACAAGAACCGCGCGCCGGGGGCCACCGAGGCCUUUAAAGCAAUAGGCAACGCUUUUGCAGUUCUGAGCAAUCCUGAAAAGAGGUUACGAUACGAUGAAUUGGGGUGCGACCAAGAGCGUGUCAGUGCUGGCCAGGCCAGGCACUAUAACUACUACACAGAGUUUGAAGCAGACAUUACACCAGAAGAAAUAUUCAAUGUGUUUUUCGGUGGGCACUUCCCUACAGGAAAUAUCCAUAUGUUCACGAAUGUAGCCAGAGAUGCGCACUACUAUCCACGGAGGCACCGAAAUGAAAGAGCAUGGACACAUGAGCCAGAGGAGGAGGAAAACAGGCCACAGAAUUCAUAUUCCGCAUUUAUUCAGUUGAUGCCAGUUUUCAUAAUAAUAAUAGUGUCAGUUAUAACUCAGCUGAUGGCCACUAACCCACCCUACAGCCUAUUCUACAAAUCGUCCAUAGGCCAUGUUAUUAACAGGGAAACGGAGAACUUGCAGGUGCCUUACUAUGUUGAUAAGAACUUUGAAAAGAAUUACCAAGGAGCAGAACUUCAAGAGCUUGAGAAAACCAUUGAAAAAGAUUACAUAGAGUAUAUUCAGACCAGCUGCUGGAAAGAGAAACAGCAAAAGUCCGAUUUGUCAAAUCUGGCCAAGCUGUACAGAGAUGAGCGGUUAAAGCAGAAAGCAGAAUCACUGAAACUUGAGCACUGUGAGAAGCUCUCCAGUCUGAUCGGAAUGCACAAAGGGGGCUGAUCAGGACACUCCUGUUCUGUAGUUCUAUUUAUUGCUGGUUUAUUUUAUUGUUUUUAUUUUCCUUUGUAUAAAAAGGGAAGAAGUCUAUUGUAAAGAGUCAGAAUUAUUGCUUCCAUCUGCAUAUAGUGCAGAGAUGGGCCAACACAAGCCACAGGGCAGGUGUUUGCUGUAAUAUAUACUGUAAACUAUAUUUGGUUCCAAGGACCAGUGGCCCUUUGUAAAUUAAUUCCCUGGGAAACACUAUUAGCUUAGAACCUGUCUCAUGGGUGGUUUGUCUGCCGCCUCCCAGAUGAGCAGAUGAUGUCUUCGCUUUCUGUGUUCCAUACAGACCAGCAGUCCACUUGCUCGCACAAACAGUGUAGUUCUCUGUGUUAGGUGCGCCGGCCGCCUCGUCCUGAUUCCGAGUGGAGGUCCUGGCUGUGCCAGGAACAUCGAUGACAGUGCGUGUUUACAGUUCGAGUGUCGGAUUUGGAGCAGUCAGGUACCUGUGCCAGGUGAGCACCUGAGUGCUCUUGGCUCUCCCUGCAGUCAGAGGGGCUGUGCCCUGUGCUUCAACUGGAGAUCUGUGCUAUUCUGUCUCUGAGUGAGAUGGCACGCUGAGAUGGCUGCAGCAACGUCAAGCACGAAGAUGCAAGUCUUAACUGCGCCGAUUCCAAGCGGUAGAGGAAGGACAGCUCUAUUUAUUUCCUCACCUGUUCUCAGUGGCAUAUUUCUAAGCUGGCUGUUUCAUUCUGGUUUUUGUCUGUACACUCUCCUUCAGCUGUUACAGGGGUCCCGCUUUUUCUGGUACAGUUUUGAUGUAGCACAUUUUUACUCCGUUGAGCAGUCAUGAAUGUUUCACUGUAGACAUCAGUAUUGCAAAGAACAAGAUCUGUGUACUGGUGUCCUGGUGUUGCUUGCUCUUCCUUCACCAAACCAGGCAAUUAAACACUGGUUGCAGCUGGGUGACGGUGUCGGCAGCAGAGGACAGGGUCACUCCAGCGGAGUGAGCCCCCUGAGCCGGUUUUUCAGGGUGGUGCUGCAGGUGUGGGCCAUGCGUGGAAUGGGCUGCUCUCCAACGGACAUCGCCGGCAGCACAGGCACCUCCUGCCCUGUGGAUACGUGGCGUAGUUGUGGCAGAGAGAGAGGUCUGUGUCUAUUAAAAUGGAACAGCUGUUACUGUUCCUGUUACUAAAACUCGCCACAAGUAGUGUGAGGCACCACAUGUGGUUUUGGCUUAAACCUCAGAAGUGUGAGGAUCUCCUGUGAGAAGCACAGUGAUUUUAGGAGUCUUUGCUGCUGGGAAAGAGGCCAGUAGAGAUAGGACAAGGGGAACAAGGGGAGAGUGAAAUGAGAUCUGGGGCAGAAAUGUUUUGCUGUGAGGGUGGGGAGGCCCUGGCCCAGGUUGCCCAGAGCAGUGGUGGCUGCCCCAUCCCUGGAGGGGUUCCAGGCCAGGUUGGAUGGGGCUUGGAGCCCCUGAUCCAGUGGGAGGUGUCCCUGCCCAUGGCAGGGAGUGGGACUGGAUGGGCUUUGAGGUCCCUUCCAACCCAAACCAUUCCAUGAUUAAUACCAGCGCUGCUUGUACUGCACCAGCAUCCUGCUCAGCGUGGAAGGAAAACGGAGCCCACCGCUGUUGAAACUCUUGGCUGUCUUUAGCCAGGGGCCACUUGCCCAGUGGGAAUGGCUAUUCUUUGUCCCCUGGUUCUCUGAGGGGAGAAAAGAGGUUCUGGAAUGUGCUCAGUUUUCUGGGAACAGGAUGGUAAUGGGAUGGGAUUGUGUGCCCAAGUUCGGGCUGGGAGCAACCUGAUCCGGUGGGAGAUGUCCCUGCCCAUGGCAGGGGGUGAAACUGGGUGGGCUUUGAGGUCCUUUUCGACCCAAACCAUUCCAUGUCCCUGCCUGCCCUGGGGCCGAGCCCUGUGACCUUCAUGUUGGGGCGCCUGCUCCCUGCCUUAUGGCAGCAUCUACAGGGACGGGCAGUGAUCUCACUGCCCUCCUCGUGCCCUCGCUGGCGCCUGAGUCCUUCCCCGGGUCUCGCUGGAAACGGGACCCAAACCCACGGGAGGGAGUGGGGUCCACAAGGGCUCCAAAUGUGGUGCAGCAGCCACAGGUUUGAGGCCUGGAUGCGGAACCGGGUGGCCCCAGGCAUCACCCCUGCGCCCUGGCCGGAGCCCUUGAGGCCUUGCACAGCACCACCCCCUUGGUGGGACACAUGGUGGGCCCCAGCCCCCACGGUGCUGAGUUCAUAGAAUCGUGGAAUGGUUUGGCUGGAAAAGACCUUUAAGUUCAUAGGAGUCCAACCCUACCUGUCCACUGCUAAACUACAUCCCCGAGCACCUUGUCUGCCCGGCUUUUGACCCCUGAGCUCAUCCAGUCCACCCACCAGCCCAACCCCUCCGUGCCCACUAAACCCUGUCCCCAAGUGCUAUGGCCUCACAGUUUGAACCCCGCCAAGGAUGGAGACUCCAGCCCUGCUCUGGGCAGCCUCUGCCAGGGCUUCACCACUCUGUCAGUGAAGACGUUUUCCCUAAUAUCCCAUCUAGACCUUCCCUGACGCAACUUGAGGCCAUUUCCCCUCUUCCCAUCCCUUGUUACUUAGAAGAAGAGCCCAGUACCCCCCUCACCACAACCUCCUUUCAGGAGCUGCAGACAGUGAUGAGGUGUCCCCUCGGCCUCCUCUUCUCCAGGCUGAACAGCCCCAGGGCCCUCAGCCGCCCCCAGGACCCCUGGGCUCCAGCCUCAUCCGCAACUCUGUUGCCCAAACAAUGUAUUUGUGCCUGCCUCCCCUCGCUUCCCCAGAGGUGCCGUCGAAGCUCCUGCCAAGCUGGGCCGGUGUUUCCUGCUCCUCUGGAGUUGCAAAAGUCCCUCUGGUAUGGGAGGGGCACGUCCUGCUCUCCCUGUUGCCAUCCUCCUCCUUGCUGUUGCCCUUCCAGGCUUGCCAGCGCGCACAGAGCCAGCACAGAGCACAAGUUAAUAAACAAACGCGGUGGCGAGUCUACAGGUGGCACCGAGCUGGUUUAAACAUAAAGUAGAUCAGUAUUUAAUUAGUGAGUGGCUCAGCGUGGGCCUGCCCGUUGUUCUGUAACGUGCUUGUGCCCAACAGGCUGCCGCCCCGCACCCCAGUCUGUGCUUCGCGUGCCGAAAGAUGGGUUCACAGCUUCUCACCCUCUAUUCUCAGCGGUAGAACAACGCCGGCAUCUCCACUGUGCCCUCCUCUCUCUUCCCUCUGCACAAACCCGCACCGAGGGGGGUGGUGUUAUAUUGAAGAGACAGCAGAGGAGGUGCUUGGGGAUGUAGUUUAGUAGUGGAGGGGUAUGGUUGGACUCGAUCAUCUCAAAGGUCUUCUCCAACCGAACAAUUCUAUGGUUCUAUGCAGACACUGGAGCGUGAGCCUUGCCCCUGGCAGCCUCGGGCUGCAGCCGUGCCCGUGGUUCUGGACUGCCCAGAUGCUUUUGCCAGCAUGUCCGGACAGGCUCCGCACGGGGACCAUGGAAGAAACCCUCCGAGCCGGUAGUCCUUGCUGCAACCCAGGCACAGUUUUCCAUCCAGCUGACCCCAUGGAGCAGGGGACAUACAGGGCCAUCCCAUCUCCUGCAGCGCAGAAAGCGAAUGCCGGGGAAGCGGAUGGAUGGCCGGGUGCGUGGGAGUAUUUCGCAGCCUCCGGUGCUGCCGAGCUGUUUGUCGCAGCUGUUGACGCCCUGACCGGUUCAGUUUGGGAAGGAUCCGGGUGUCAGAGCGAAGGUGCAGCAGCAGCAAGAUCUGUGCUUGUUGCGAGUGCUGCCAGAUUCGAAAGAGCUGGAUGAGUUGUUGCCCCAAAUCUGCCUCCCGCCCACUGCCAGGGCACGAGCACAAGGACCUGAUCCCCCCACGCGGCUGAUUAUUUCGGUUUAUCCAGCGCUUCAGCGGCUCCUACAGCCCGUGUUCCCCUUGUCCCUUCUCUGCCCUCCUCACCCCAGCAGUGACACCCCGGCUGCACCGACGGCACCGGCGCUGCACCCCAGGGAGACUCAGCACAACACCGGUGACCCAGGGCUGCACCAGCUUCUCCCACCAUCCACCAGUGGCCUUGGGGCGCUGGGCACGACCCUUGGUGAAGCAAAGGGAAUGAAGCAGCAUCCCCGCUGAGCUCCCGGCUGUGCCGUGCCGGGCCCUGAGCUGGCGGUCGGUCAGCAGGCGUCUGCCCGGUGGCUGUGCCGUGAGCCCACACUGCGCGGAGUGGAGCCCGGGCGCUCAGAGGUGCUCCUGGAGGAGAGCCGGGACCCCCUUCCCAUGGGGACCGUAGGGCGAUUGCAGCACCCAAGCAGCAGCCUGAGGGUUUGGGGUGCUGUGAGCUCUCCGGCUGGCAAGGGGGGGCUCGUCCGCUGAGAGCCAUAUCCUGCAAAGCCAGGCUUGUAGGGGUUUGGGAGUGCAGGGGUGGGAAAAGGGGGAAUGGUUCAAAACUGGAAGAAGGGACAUUGAGAUGAGAUCUUAGGAAGAAAUGUUUUGCUGUGAGGGUGGGGAGGCCCUGGCCCAGGUUGCCCAGAGCAGUGGUGGCUGCCCCAUCCCUGGAGGGGUUCAAGGCCAGGUUGGAUGGCGCUUGAAGCCCCUGAUCCAGUGGGAGGUGUCCCUGCCCAUGGCAGGGGGUGGGACUGGGUGGACUUGGAGGUCCUUUCCAACCCAAACUAUUCUGUGGUUCUGUGAUUCUAUUAAAUCCACCCACCCAAAGCACCAAAGCAAGUGCUGCCCAUGGCAGGUUCCUCCACUCCCUGUGGGCACAAAUACCACUGACUUGCCCAGCACCAAAGGGUUAAGCGCCAGCCCAGCUCUCCGGGAAGCUUUCCUCUCCUCCUUUUCCUUGCCAAGGUUUAAAUUUAGGCCCUGCAUGAACCCAAAGGACUUGGGCAUCGGGUUGCUCCGGGGCUGGCAGUGCCGGGGAGCACCUGCUACCGCUGCUGUGCUGGAAAAAUCCCCGUGGAAGGCAGGGCUGAGCUCCCCUGGCCGCGGUCAGGGCUGACACGCUGCGGAGACCCUCGUGCCAUGCCAGGCAGCCCGGCUGCUCACUUUGGGUCCCUCUGAAAAAUGGCAAAUAGUAUCCAUCCAUCGUUCAGCUCUUGUGAGUCCUGGAGGUCCUCAGUGCCUGGUUUGAUUCCUCGCCUUGAGUUUGCUCCUGGCUGCUUGCGAUUCAUUUUGGGGGCACUGCUGCUUGGGGCAGAGUGGGUUUGGGGGGAGCCCUGGGGAUGGGGACAUGAGACGGGCAGAGGCACCGGGAAAAGCUCCGUGGUGGGGAUGGAGCAGCGCAGGGCCCAGCCGUGCCCGGGAUGGGAUGUCCACAGAGGGAUCCGUGGGUCCCGCUGUGCUGGGGGGCAGGUACCCCACAGGGGUGAAUGCCUGGCACCUCUGCUGUGGGUUUGGGGAGCAGCGGCGUGGGGCGAGGGGGCAGAGGAUGGACUCCCAAGGCUGGAGGCGGCAGUGACAUCCCUGCAA